CAAAUGUGUUCCUACAGUGACCGUGUUAGUUCCUGUGGCCACUACAGGCGAACUUGUACAGCACCUUGCAGCACCGCAAAAAGAAAUAAACAAGUCUGCACAUCUGGAAAUACAAUAAGUGCAUCAACUACCGGAUCGCUUUGUUACCUUUAUGGCUGUGAUCAACAACCAAACCUCAAACGCGAAGGACCUGGGGCAAGGAUAAAUGGCGGUUUUCAUUCAAGCGACGUUGAUUUUGACUGA